AUGAUCCCAGAGCUGCAGAAACGGAUACAUGCUAACCACUGUUUUUCAGAUGUAGCGCAUUGCAGCAGGUGUCCAGAUGACCAGUAUUCAAAUAAAAAGCGAGAUCAGUGUGUCCUCAAAACUAUAAGCUUCUUGUCUUACAAAGAAAUGUUGGGACUCCUCCUGGCUUCCUUUGUCCUUGCUUUGUCCCUAACCACUGUCUUUGUUCUGGGAAUCUUCAUUAAAUACCGAGAAACUCCCAUAGUCAAAGCCAACAACCGGGAUCUCACCUACAUUCUCCUGGUUUCCCUCCUCCUUUCUUUCUUGACCUCCCUUCUAUUCAUCGGUCAGCCCAACCAAGUGACCUGUUUUCUUCGACAAGCCACGUUCAGCAUUGUUUUUUCUGUUGCUGUGUCCUCCUUGCUGGCCAAGACUGUUAUGGUGGUGGUGGCUUUCUUGGCUACAAAGCCAGGGAGCAGGAUGAGGAAGUGGCUCGGGAAGAGUCUGACCAACUUUAUUGUAUUUUCCUGCUCUGGUGUUCAGGUGGGCAUCUGCUUCAUGUGGCUUGGAAUCUCUCCCCCAUUUCCAGAUUCUGACCUGCAUUCCCAACCAGGACAGAUCCUUUUGCAAUGCAAUGAAGGCUCAGUCACCAUGUUCUACAUUGCCCUUGGCUACAUGGGCUUCCUGGCUGGGAUUUGUUUCUUGGUGGCUUUCUUGGCCAGAAAGCUGCCAGGAACUUUCAAUGAAGCCAAGUGGAUCACCUUCAGCAUGUUGGUCUUCUGCAGUGUUUGGGUCUCCUUUGUCCCCACAUACCUGAGCACCAAAGGGAAAUACAUGGUGGCUGUGCAGAUUUUCUCCAUCCUGGCUUCCAGCUUGGGUUUGCUGGGCUGCAUAUUUAUCCCCAAAUGCUAUAUUAUUAUGCUGAGACCUGACCUGAACACAAAGGAGCAACUAAUGAUGAAAAUUAAAGAGGCCUCUUAG